CUCUUCCCACCAGAAGCUUCGUCCUCUGCUGCCCCUCUCGCAGGCAGAGUCGCAUGCCCCCACUUAUGACUUAACCUCUCCUCUCAACCAUGGUCAGUUCAUCACCACCUAUAAAGCUCCCCAAUCACACACUCUCUUCUUAUACCCAAGAAAACACGCACUUCUUCCCUCUCCCUGUGUAUAUACACACACAAUCACACACCCUUUAAAAUUUAAAAACACAAUUGUGGAUAGAUAGCUAAAAUUAAAAUUAAAAAAAAAAAACUCUGUUUGUGUCCUUCAGUAUGGCUUCCUCCAUUUUAUUCAUCAUCUUCGUCGCCACCAUAAUUCUCCACGUCUCUAUCUCAUAUUCAUCAAUCCUAGUCCUUCCCUUAACUCACUCCCUCUCGAAAUCCCAAUUCAACACCACUCCCCACCUCCUCAAAUCCACCUCCACCCACGCUGCCACCCGCUUUCGCCACCGCCUACACAGCCAAAACCAGAAACAAAACCACCGCCUUCAAGUCUCCCUUCCGCUGAACCCCGGCAGCGACUACAGCUUGUCCUUCACCCUCGGCUCCCAAACCAUCUCUCUCUACAUGGACACCGGAAGCGACAUCGUUUGGCUCCCCUGCCACCCCUUCGACUGCAUGCUCUGCGAAGGCAAGUUUAAUCCCUCCACCAUCCCGUACACAGCCCCUCUCAACAUCACCUCCGCCACCCCCGUCACGUGCAAGUCGCGUGCAUGCUCGGUAGCUCAUUCCUCUCAUCCCACGUCCGACCUCUGCGCCGUGGCCAGGUGCCCAUUGGAAGAAAUCGAAACCGCCGAUUGCAAAAAGUUCAGCUGCCCGCCUUUCUACUAUGCUUACGGCGACGGCAGCUUAAUUGCUCAUCUGUAUUCAGAUAACUUAUCAUUAUCCCUCUCUUCUCCGUCCUUGGUCCUCAAUGAUUUCAAAUUCGGCUGCGCUCACAGCACUCUCGGCGAGCCUAUCGGAGUAGCCGGUUUCGGCAGGGGAGCUCUAUCCAUGCCGGCUCAGCUCGCUAGCAGUUCCCCUGAAAUCGGGAAUCAUUUCUCUUAUUGCUUGGUUUCUCAUUCUUUUGACACCGACAGAGUUAGAAUGCCGAGUCCACUCAUUCUGGGCCGGUAUAACUCGGUUGGCGAGAGCAAAGACAGGCGAACGGAUUCACCGGGAACUGAUCCUGUCUACACUCCGAUGCUCAAAAAUCCGAAGCAUCCGUAUUUCUAUUGUGUUGGGCUGGAAGGGCUGUCCGUCGGGAAGAAGAAAAUUGCGGCGCCAGAAAAUUUAAGGCGGGUGGACGGAAGAGGCAACGGUGGGAUGGUGGUGGAUUCCGGGACCACGUUUACAAUGCUGCCACCCGGGCUCUAUGAAUCGGUGGUGGCGGAGUUCGACAACCGGGUCGGGUCGGUUUAUAAGCGGGCGAGUGACGUGGAGGGGCGGACGGGACUUGGGCCGUGUUAUUACAUAGCUGGCGGGGAUGUUAAGGUUUCGUCGAAUGUGGUCGUGCCACAAUUGUUGUUGCAUUUUGGGGGGAAUUCCAGCGUGGUGAUGCCUAGGAGGAAUUACUUCUACGAGUUUUUGGACGGUGGCGAUGACGGGAAGGUGAAAAGAAAGGUGGGGUGCAUGAUGUUGAUGAACGGCGGGGAUGAGAGUGAAUCUGGUGGGCCAGCUGGUCUGCUGGGGAAUUAUCAACAGCAGGGGUUUGAGGUGGUGUAUGACUUGGAGCAAGAAAGAGUAGGGUUUGCAAGAAGGAAGUGCGCAUCUUUGUGGGAUACAUUGAACCAGCACUAACUUGCGCCGUUGGAUGAAUGGGGUGAAAGAAAAGUCUCCAAGCUCCAAGUUUGAAGCUUCAGAGUUGACUCUCUGAUUUGGGUUGAGGUGGUCAAGAAAGGAGGGCUGACCACAAUCAUCAGCUCAAUAGGAAGGGAUUUGCCUUGCAUUUUUUGCUUCUAAUAGUCCUGAGCUUUUCAUUGUAUAGUUUGUUUACUGUUAUGGUACAUAAGGUGAUAAUAAAUGGAGUUUUAGAAGCAACAAAUGGAAGGCAAAUAUAAGCAACAGAUUCUUGAAAUUGGAUGUAUGAGUUACUCACUCGGAUUAAAGUUUGUACAGAGUUCCUUCUUUAAUCAUGGAUCUUUUUGGGUGAUCAA